ACCGUGGUUCCGUCACUCUUCAUCACUUUCCUUCCGCGCCGAGCCCCAGUGGCUCGAGCCGUGGCCGCACGCAGUGUCACGCGUCCACAGCGAAGGACCCGAAGACCCACGGUAUUGACAGAAUGAACCGCACCGCUUACACUGUGGGAGCUUUGCUUCUCCUCUUGGGGACCCUACUGCCGGCUGCUGAAGGGAAAAAGAAAGGGUCCCAAGGAGCCAUCCCACCUCCAGACAAGGCUCAGCAUAAUGACUCGGAGCAGACCCAGUCCCCACCACAGCCUGGCACCAGGACCCGGGGCAGGGGUCAAGGGCGGGGCACCGCCAUGCCAGGCGAGGAGGUGCUGGAGUCCAGCCAAGAGGCCCUGCACGUGACAGAGCGCAAGUACCUGAAGCGUGAUUGGUGCAAAACUCAGCCCCUGAAGCAAACCAUCCACGAGGAGGGCUGCAACAGCCGCACCAUCAUCAACCGCUUCUGCUACGGCCAAUGCAACUCCUUCUACAUUCCCCGGCACAUCAGGAAGGAGGAAGGCUCCUUUCAGUCUUGCUCCUUUUGCAAACCCAAGAAGUUCACCACCAUGAUGGUCACACUCAAUUGUCCUGAGCUACAGCCACCCACUAAGAAGAAAAGGGUCACACGCGUGAAGCAGUGUCGUUGCAUAUCCAUCGACUUGGAUUAAAGCAAAGCGGGCACGUCCAGCCUGUCAUAGCCUUGCCGAGAGCUACACCUAAACCACUCGAUUCCUACUUGGCUUAAACCUAGAGGCCAGGAGAACCAGCAGUUGCUUCUGGCAGGAGGCUGCUUAUGCAUAGUGUACGCGCAUGAGUGUGCAUGGGUGCCUGUGGAUGCUUCCAAACACCAGCGGAAACAGCCUCUGCUAGAAGGCACUUCCUGUUACUCUGCUUCAAAUGGUCGGAAAUGUCCUCACCACUGGACCCAAACACCCACAGGGGCAGGGCUGUAGUUGACUUUGCCUUUGUAUUCCAUGCGCCCUCCUGGGCGCUAGGAUUUCACUUGAUAAUGAAUACUAACGGAAGAGGUAGCUCUGAGGGCCGCAUUAGACUCGGAACUGUUCAGAGCUUGCUCUUCCACAACCCAUCUCUUUCUUUGCUUCCCUGACAUCUCAGUCCUAGGCCAUGUUCCUAAAUUAAUUCACUUGACCAAGGGUGUAAACUUCUUCCAUCUUGUGAAGAACGUCCAGAAUGUGAGGAGACAUGUGUUGGAGGACAAACAGGACAGAGGGUUGACUCAGGAGCGUUGAGGCUGAGGACCAGUCUGGGCUAGUGAAAUUCAGUAGCAAGCUGUUCAGAGUUUGCAAGUUGUUCUCUAAAAACACUGUGAGCUUUGCAUCAGCGAAAAGGUUUUCCUGGCAUUUAAAAGAAUUCAGAUGCAUAGAGGAUAAACAUUAAAAAAAAUGAAAUAAUUCUCUGUGAGCUACUGAAACUACCUGUAACCCAAAGUUAAGACUGAAGUAUUGACCACUCCUGUUUUAAGAACCAAGCGAGUGAAAACAACAACAACAAAUAUGGCCUCCUACUUUACUUCGCCUCUCAGGAGGACAACUGAGAGCCUUGUGCAUUGGGAUAAGAAAAGACAAGAGCCUCCUCCUAAGCUUAGUUUAUCUGGAUUGACAUUGCUUUCCCAUCAUUCCUGUGCUUCAGAGAUGCACAAGCUUGUGAUAAAACUCCCGCCUUUGCUGACACCUGCCAAUAAGGAACAGUCUAAGAUGAGAGAGCUACCCACUCCUUUUGAAUUAGAC